CUAGCCGCGUUAAUUUCAGGUCCUCAGUGCGCAGGUGCAAAUAACCUCAUUCAAUCCGCGACAUGGGUCAUCCAUACGAUCUUUUCUUCUUUAAUUAUAAUUCCAAGAGUUCGCGUUAAAACACUGUGAAAUAAUUAGACGUUACAUAUUUAAGAUAAAACUGUUCAAAGUACAAUCCUAUAAAUGAUGAAAACGGACUAUAGCACCUCAACAAGCCUAAAAUGUGUCUAAUUAUGGUGUUCAACGCUAAAAGAAUGAAAUAAUUAUUACUAUGUUCACAUUAUAUCACCUAAAUUAAAAAAAAAAUGGAAAAUGACGCACAAUCACAGUUGCCACAAAAUUCAAAUCUUGUUCAUUCCAAUGAAAAAAUAAAUGUGAAUCGAACUAUUAAAAUAUUGGAAUACAAGGGAUUGCUUUGGACAUGUGCUUUGCGGGAAGUAUGUCUAAUUGCGCUCUGGCUCCCGCUCGGUGCAUUAAUAUUUUGUUACGUGACUGCUUCUAUAUUUCAAUCAGAUGAUAUACACGAAACACACUGUAGAGUUUAUAACGUAGUGCCAUCGAUAAGCGCGAUAACUGGUAUCAGUCCACAGAGAUACGUUUGGAGGAUAUGUAUAGCCUACCAUUUAGGACCAAGGCUCUUAAUAGGAUCUUUGUAUUACAACUAUCAUAAAGAACGCACUUCGCAUAUCACGGAAGAGAAGGUCCGAAAUCAAGCAACUAAACUAGGCGAUGCGUGUUACUGGCUCAAUUUAUUAGAAUUAUUCGCACUCACAGGAGUGACGUACGUUUCAAAUAGAGAAAAUUAUUUUCUUCAUGAAAAAAUAUUUAUAGUUUUUAUGGUCGCUUCCCUUCUGCACAUGCUGUGUCGAGCCAGGGUGGGUAGUAUCGGCAGCGAGGCCGUGGAACCCGUCAGGACCAACAAGCUGGUCUGGAUACUGUUUUACCUCGCAAUUGCAGCUACCAUCGGACUUAUUAUAUUCUUUCUGCGCCAUCGCUUACUGUGUCGUCCAUUGGCGUUCACCUGGUUUUCAAUAUGCGAAUACAUAUUAGCGACGACAAAUAUGGCAUUCCAUGCAAUCGUAGUGCGAGAUCUGCCGCUACAUCAAAUACAAGUUGUUUGUCCAGACCGCCAAAAAGUUAACUAAAACUAUACACAUUGUCUAUGCAUAGAGUAUUGACAUACCAGUAAAAAAAUUGAUGACAUUAAAAACGGCGGCAAAGUGGCACGGCACUAUUGCUAAACGGUGCUAUCUACAUCGGUUCUGCCAAAUGAAAUACUAAAAAUUACAUCAAACUAUCCUAUUUAGGGAGUUAAUUAAGUAUUGUAGAUUAAUAGAAGUAUACAUAAAUUGUUUAUAAUAUAUUCUAUUGCAGUUAUGUUUGAUUUUCAUCGCAGCACAAAAUUUUUUAGAGCACACAAUUGAAAAUG